CCGUAUCCAACUUUCUUUCCCAAUCUCUCUCUCUAGCUAGUCUAUAUCUAGAAGCGAGCCCAAAAGACAAAGAUCAUACUGGAUUGAGGGAGGUUUCGAGUUCUGUUGCUCUCUCUCUCUCCCUCGCGAGAAGUUAUCCAUGAAGAAGACAACCUUUAGGUCCACUGCUCUUAUAACUUCUGGUGGCUAAAGUACAUGUGCUUCGAACAUCAUACAUAUAUAGCAAUGGCUUCUUGGUUUCUUGAUAACCUCCCAUGGUUCAGACCUCUCUCUAAACAGGAUGUGGCAUCUACCACUAUUUCCACUACCAUACUAAUACAGACUCCUAAACAAAGGGCACAUAUUGAUAUCAACUUUUGGCAAUGGCCUAUAUUUUCAAUUAUUCCUUGGGUAAUUGAUGCAAGGAAUAAAAUUCAAAUGCCAGCUACUGUCAACCGCAAGUUCAAAAUCAGCUCACAGUCUCGUGACAGAACUGAACUUGUUGCUCAAAACUCUAUACGCUUCAGACCAUAUGUUUCCAAGGUUCCAUGGCACACAGGUACAAGAGGUUUUCUAUCUCAGUUGUUUCCACGAUAUGGGCAUUACUGUGGCCCCAAUUGGUCAAGUGGGAAAGACGGUGGAUCUCCAAUUUGGGAUAGAAGACCAAUUGAUUGGCUGGACUUCUGUUGCUAUUGCCAUGACAUUGGUUACGAUAGUCAUGACCAGGCUGAGCUUCUAAAGGCAGACCUAGCUUUCCUCGAGUGCUUGGAGAAGCCUCACAUGAGUACCAAGGGGGAUCCUAACAUCGCUACCCUCUACAAAACAAUGUGUAUAUCUGGUCUCAGGAAUGUACUGAUACCUUACAGGCAACAACUGGUGAAGUUACAAUCAGGGCAAUUAUCUUAUCAGUUUGGAUGGUUAAGCGGUGUUAAAUGGAAAUGGCCGAAGCUUCAGAAUACUUGAAGAGAAGAAUAAAGAUGUAGCUUGUAUCCUAUUAUUAUGAAAUGAUCAAUGUAAUGUCCUCGGAAACUGAUGCUUCUGUAUAUUAAAAAAAAUUUAGUUCCAUCACGCUCUAAUAUAAUGCUCAACUAAUACU